AUGACUUCACCACGUCGACAACAAGUGCCUGAACUUGAAACGGCAACAACACGUAUGUCUAUAUCACCACGAACAACACCAAUCGAUUGGAAAUUACGCUGUGAAACCUUACAAUUUGAACAUGAACUUGAACUAGAACGUAUACGUCUUCAUUAUGAACAUGAAAUUAAAGAGAAAAUAACAGAAAUAAAAAUACAAUUGAAACGUGAAUAUGAAUAUCAAUUUUCUGAAUAUCGAGCUCGUUUAUUUGAACAACAACAACAAUUACAUAAUUUAAGUUCCAGUAGUCUUGGUCUCGAUCAUAGCAUUGGUGAAAAAGUUCGUGAACAAGUACGUCUUGCUCAAGAAUUUGAUCGUAAUGAGGAUGAACGUCGACAAUUCUUAUUACAACAAUCAACUGAUAGUGAUGAACUUAAACGACUUGUCAACAAAUUACAUACUGAAGGUGUACAUGUAUUAUCAUUAAGUGAACUUCUCGCAUUACGAUUAAAUGGUAUUAAUAUUAAUGCAACAGAAGAUUCUAUACGUUCAUUACAAAAAUUAAAUGAAGAAAAUUCAUUGCUUCGUUCACUAAUUGCUAAUAUGAAUGCAAAUGAAACAAGCAAUAAAUUAAUAAAAUGUCUUGCUGAUAUAUUUCGUUGUGAACAAGAUCGUCGUUUAAUACAAAUUCGUCAACAUCCAAAUGCUGUUCAACUUGAACAAGAAAUUCAUGAUAUGUGUAAUUAUCAACGUGAUGCAUUAGGAAAUUUUUUUUCUGAAGAUCGUCUUGUAUUAAUUAAUGAACUUGAACAAACAAAAGAACAAUUAAAUUAUUUAAAAAUUAAAUUUGAUCAAUUAAGACAAACACAAAAUCAACCAACAUCAAAUAAAUUUUAUUUUAAAUAUAUGCGUUGUGAAAAUCAUCGAAAAGCUUUAGUAUAUCAAAAACGUUACUUACUUGUUUUAUUGACUGGUUAUGAAGAUACAGAAACUUAUGCAUUACAUGAAAUUCGACGUUUAACUGGUGAUACUAAAUCAAAUUCCUAUCCUUAUACAUAUAAUUAUGAUAAAAUGAAAUUUAUUCGUAAACAACCAUUUCAUCGACGUUUUGUUGAUUAUCGAUUUCGUUUUCGCUGCUAUGCUCAAGUUGUUAUUGCUAUGAUUCGAAUGCGUUGGCUUGUCAAAAAAUGGACACAAAAAUUAGCUGAUCAUAAAUAG